UUUUCUCUGCUCCCUGUAAACCCUAAUCGCAUUCUCGGCAGGAAACAUCUCUGAGCACAGAGAUUAUCAUUGCAAGCAAAGGAGGACGAACAUGUAUCUUCAGUGCUAUAUCAACGAGAAGGGCGAGAAGGUUUACACCACUAAGAAGGAAUCACCGCUCGGGUCAGCCACUGAAUCUGCCCAUCCAGCCCGGUUCUCCCCUGAUGAUAAAUAUUCGAAGGAGAGAGUUUUGUUGAAGAAGCGUUUUGGUCUCCUGCCGAUCCAGGGCGCACCUGUCAAGUACUGAAAGGGGUUUAGCUUCUCUUGUUUUUUCUUUUCUGAUCUUCCUCUGAUACUGGCUAUGUUGUCUAUUAAUGAAAUUAUGAAACCAUCUUUGUAGUUGUACGUCUCCAAAUAGUAGUGGUUAAAGAGCAAUUUGCUAAUU